UCUAUUCUCUUUUGGCUCUUUAUCUCCUACCUAGCAAAAUUCUACAAGAGAAGAAAAAAAAUAAUCAGCUGUUCUCAAAGUAUCAAACGAUGGCAAGAGGUUUCUCGCAGUCGCAGUCCUCCACUUCCUCCUCCACAUCUCGUCCGGGCACCAUGGCUCCUCGCGGCUCCGCUGCCGCCGCAGCCGGUAUGCGUCGCCGCAGGCUUGUCGGAGACUCCUCCUCUACUUCCGCCUCGGGAUCAGUUGGAUCCGGUUCCGGAAGCAACAUGCUCCGAUUUUACACCGAUGAUGCUCCAGGCUUGAAGAUCUCUCCUACCGUCGUGCUCGUCAUGAGCCUGUGCUUUAUAGGCUUCGUCACGGCUCUCCACGUCUUCGGCAAGCUGUAUCGCGCCAAAGCCGGAGCUUGACCGUGAGUUCCUAUUCGAACCCGAUCCACUUUUUUUGGAUCUCUGAUCGGUUCCUUCCCUUUUCUCUUGUUUUUUGUUGUUGUCUGUUUUGUUUGUUUGUUUUGGAUUUAGCUCUGUAAAUGGUGAUGGCAAGCUCGUAAUCAUUUAGUCUUUUGAAUCUGUGAACUUUUAAAUUGCGGUUCUUGUUAGUAUUUCGAUAAAAUGAAUAUGCUGCUUCUUUGAA